AUGACUCUUGUCGAACGCAACACAGAAACACGACCAGAAAUCGCGCGCCGCUCUGUCAUCGACUCGGAUGCCGUUGUUGGAUUUGCGGAGACUGUUCCAGACGAUACUCUCGGCACGGCCUAUGAAGCUUACCAACCAUACCUUUAUAUCGUUAACGGAUGCGUGCCUUUCCCUGCUGUUAAUGCUGAAGGAAAUACUAGUGGUGGUUUAAAACCGACCGGUGCUUCUGAUGGAGAUUGCAGUAGCAGUACGGGUCAGAUAUACAGCCGCGGGGAGGCAUACGGUGAUUACUUCGCCAUCUUGUAUUCUUGGUACAUGCCAAAAGACGAACCAUCAGAUGGCAUCGGCCACCGCCACGACUGGGAAGGAGUCAUUGUAUGGCUGACUAGUGAAUCUUCUACCACAGCCGACAAUAUCGUUGCCGUCUGCCCCUCAGCACAUGGUGGCUGGGACUGCACAACUGACGAAUUUUCGCUCUCUGGAACUGGACCUUUGAUCAAGUACCAGAGCUAUUGGCCUUUGGACCACUCUUGUGGCCUGACAACUACUGUGGGAGGUCAGCAGCCAUUGAUUGCGUGGGAGAGUCUACCAACAGUGGCUCAGACGGCAUUGGCUGAUACGGAUUUUGGAAGUGCAAUUGUUCCCUUUAUCGACUCUACUUUCGAGAGUAAUCUGGCGAAGUGCUCGUUUUGA